AGGGCUAUAUAAAUAAAAUUAGAUUUGAUUUGACGUAUAUUAAAAACCAAAUACUAAUUKAAUAAUAAUUUAAUCAAAGCAAAAACAUUUAUAAUGCACUUGCUUGAGUGAGACUGAAAUGAUUGAUAGAGUUGUCAGGCAUCCAAGGAAUGUAAAAUGUAGUGUAUUAUGAGCCCUUGGAACUCCRAAUGAUACAAUAUUAAGACAACAGGUGCUUUGGUUGGGAGGGAGAGCAGUGUAGCAGAUACMCAGACGUAGGCAGGUACUGGAGUAGAAUGAACAUUAAGAAUCUUUAGAAUUUAUUUAAUUUUGUCCUUAAAAAAUGUGUCCACAGAAAAGUCUUCAGCCAAAAAGUGCAAAAAUAAUMUUGAUUUCUUAUAUUCCCAGUGUUCAUUUCCGUUGGUUGCUUUCAUUUCAGCGCAUCUAAUUUGUAAACAUUUCAACUCUAUUAAAUUAUAACUUUUUAUCAAUUCCACAAAAAAUGAACAGCCAUGAAAAUAAAGUUCCCUUUCUUCUCUUUGUUGUAAUGUAAGUGUCAAGAAAAUCCCCAACGACGCUUUAGUGUUCUUAUAGAUGCAAAGGAAAGACAAUGUAUUCUGUUGAGCCCAUUGUCAGCCAUUAUCUGGGUGUGUCUGACAGGUAAUUACUAUCAAUCCAGCGAGAUAUACGUGACAAGUGGAUUUUGCACCCCUCGUACACAGGAAAUAGAUGGCUGAAAAAUACACAUCCUCAGGUGGGCAGGGCAUGCCUAUUGCUAAAUAAAGGCACCAUACAACUGUGAUUACAACAAGACAGUAUMAUUUCUAAUUCUCAGCACAACCAACAUUUUCCCAAUUAUAAAUGGAAUUGGAAUACAACAGAUAUCAUUUACAUCACAUUAUUGGCAUCUAUCAAAUGCUGACAUUGAACUAUUUAUAAACAUUUUUGUCCACCGCAAUUUAGAUGUGUUAGAAUUAGACUCAGUGUUUAGUCAAAAUAUGACCUACAAUCUGUUCUAAAUCUGUUCUCUCUCAUUUAAAUAUUUUAUUAACUACUUCGAUUUUAUUCUUGUAGCAAAAAGUAAGGUAAAUUUGACGAAUGCAGUGAAUUCUGUAGGAAAUACAUACGGGUCAUAUUUGACCCACAUAUUAUGAAAACUUGGGGUAGUGAUGCAAAAACAAUUUUUACUUCAAAAAUAAGAUAAGACACAUUAAAGACACAUUUUAAGAAAUUCCUGGAAUAUUAGAUGAUGAAUUUCUUUUUUGGGGGGGGUCGAUACAGCAAAGAAAAACAUUAGGCCGGGGCAUAUGCAUCCUAGGGUCAAGUUUAAAUGUUUUUACUAUAACUCUUUCAAGUCUUUUGUGAUGAUAUGAGACARUAAUUCUGCUUGCUGUUCAUAGCACAGAACAAAUACUGUGCUUUGGAAAUUUAUUUUGUUUUUGCCACAACUUUAUGUGCAGACUCAUAAACCACUGCUUAGUUUAAUAAUUCCCUUGUCGUGAUGUUUUUGUUAUGUUCCGUAGUGACUAGACAUGGCAUAUCUCACAACCAGUCUCUGGGAACCUCUGAAGACGCCUCCCUGUUAUUAGGAUCAGUAUCUGUAGGCCAGUUUACGUUUACGCCAAUAAGGCCUAGAAUGACUUACAGCUGGGAUUGCAUGAGAUAGGCACAGGCUCUGAUUCUCCCCUGAAAAUAAUAUAAAGUUUUUUCUUUUUCAAAAUGUAAAGUACUAUCAGUUUAAUACUAUGUGUACAACAAUGGAUACACUCAAUCUCCAUCUCACUACCCUAACCUUGUUCACUGAACAUAGACAGAAGACUCUGAAUCUGUCCACAGCUCUACCUCCACACCAGAGGACCCUUGCUGUUGUGACAAAAUUGACACCUGAAAUGUCCACAGAAUUUACAGACACUUUGUGCAGGCUCCAGUGCUCCCAUGCAGGUCUGUUCCAGUGCAGUUUGACAGGGCUGGUGUUUCUGAUGAAGGGGGAGGGGGAAGUGCUGUACAGAACUGUCYAAUGGGAUGAGAAUCUCCUGCACUCCACAGGCCAGACUCCUGCAGGACCCCUGUUCAGUAUUGAGUGUCAUCAGGGGUCUAUCUGUCAGCUACAUCUCCCACACUGUGAGAUUCUCUCUGGAGAGGGUCUUGAUAUCCUGUCUGUGGCCCAUGUUACUGGUGACAGUGUGGAGGUUUUACCACCACUGAGGGUGACUGACACACACGUAGUGGUGAACAUCACAGACCUCUCCUUAUGGGGCCUGGUCAGAAUGUUUAGACCCUUCCUCUCGAUCAAGGGACAGGUGCUGCCUUUCCUCCAAUCAUUCGGCCAUCCUCAGUCAGUUCUGAAUGUAAUCGUCCUGCCAUCAAAUGUGCCCCUCAAUGAGGCAGGAAAUGGCCUGAUAGGGGCUGAUGGAGAURAGGUGUGGGCAGGACGUGUCCUUCUGCAAGGUGCUGUGUUGAUGGGAGGGGAUCAGGCUGAGACCAAUCAGAUGAUUUCAGCAGAAGAUCUGCGUUCUGUGAGGACUGAUUUUGUAGAUGGAGUGUCAAUACCUGUGCUCGAAAGUCUAUUGGACAGACUUCUGCAUUGGAAAGUCUGCAGUAAACUUGAAAUGGAGAAAGGGAAGGUGAUUCUUGAGAGGGCAGUGAAGGCACGUGAAGUCAUUGACAAGCAUGUCCAAUAAUGAAAAUCCUUCUGGUUGGACUGGAACCCUUCUUUUGCCGAACGCUUGGUUUCCACGGAAACAUGUUGGAGUAUGAGGCAUUGAUAAGCAUGGCCAAUGAUGUAUGUUUUCAAUGAUACAAUUGGUCUGUAGUUUGCAUAUUGAGUGAAAUCUAUUGUCAAUUCACCUUAUUAACACUGCGUCCAUUAAUAAUUUAACAAUGUUCAUUUUACAACGUUAAAAUGUUCUAACGUGAUAAGAUGUUGAAACCAAUUCAAAAACCUUUGUAAAGUGUGACCUGUAGAUAAAACGAAUGAUUCACACCUACACAUGAUUUGGGAUAGUGAGAAGAACAAUGCAAUCACAUUGUCAUUGUCAUGUGUGCUGAUAUUAACUGACAUGUCAAUGUAUUCUUUACCUGCACUAGCUGUCUAUGUUAGAACAUUAAGCUGUGAAUAAGGCCUAUCCCGUAGUCACAUCAUAUUCUGUUUGACAUGAUAAUCCCCUCCAUGAUUAGUUACGACGCGAUUGAUGUUUCAUUAAUUUUUAUUUAUUUAUUUUUAUUUCACCUUUAUUUAACCA